AUGCUUCGUUCACAAACCAGAUUCUCCAUUGAGAUACUCCGGCGGUUAUCUACUGAAGUUGCUCAUGAGGCCAAAACUCCUAAAGUUGUCAUCCCUCCCGCUAUCAAGCGUGGACCAACCGAUUUGCUUCAAGCUUUGUCGGAAACGGUCGGUGUCGAUCCAACAGCGCCUCAUUUUGCUUUCAUCGAUGAUCCUGCCAUGAUUCCUAGCACAGCAGCCACUAAGAGGACCUACUAUAUGGCUAAGGAAAUGGGUAAACGCGCUGCGCGUCAAUUAGCAGAGGAGUGGCCCACUUUGUUCGCCCUUGACCGUGAUGAUCCUUACCUCCCGGCUUUUCGACCUCAAAAGCCAGCAGAUCCGUUGCAGGUUGAACCCACAGAGAAGAAUGUUUUGGCAAUGAUCGAGAAACGAGAAGUUGAAGAUGCUGUGAGGCUGUACGAGAGGAUAAGAGCGGAUAAUAUCGAGGUCUCACAAGAAACUCAGAUGGAGCUGUUCAAGUUAGUCGCAUACUACAAUGGCAAAAAUGUGCCGUUUUCUGAGUGGGAAGAAUGGCAUGGUAUGCGCGCUUUUGGCGAAAACGAACCAAACAAAUGGACACCUGCAGGAUUGGCGGACUU